CUUGCUAUGUGCUCAAGCAAGUUCUACCUCUCCCAAGCACAGGAGUGUCUGCCAGCAGCCUUGUGCUCACUCUCGGGAACCAGAGUCAAGUGGCAGGGAGACUCCGGAGCCCAAAACACUUACCAUGCUACUCCCUAGGAGGGCCGGGAACUGCUGACGCUGCCACCGGACAUCCAUUCCGCGUGUCACCAUUACCAAAAAGAAUGGACAAGCUGAAUAAAAUAACUGUCCCAGCCAGUCAGAAGUUGAGGCAGCUUCAAAAGAUGGUCCAUGAUAUUAAGAACAAUGAAGGUGGAAUAAUGGACAAAAUUAAAAAAUUGAAAGUCAGAGCACCGCCCAGCGUUCCACAGAGGGACUACGCUUCCGGGAGUGCAGCCGACGACGAGGAGCAGUGGUCAGAUGACUUUGACAACGAUUAUGAAAACCCGGAUGAACACUCCGACUCGGAGAUGUACGUGAUGCCCGCAGAGGAGAACGGCGAUGACAGUUACGAGCCGCCGCCCGCGGAGCAGGAGAUGAGGACAGUUCACCCAGCCCUGCCCUUCGCCAAGGGCGAGUAUAUAGACAACCGCUCAAGCCAGAGACGGUCUCCACCUGUCAGCAAGACACUUCCCAGUAAGCCCAGCUGGCCUUCCUCGAAAGCCAGGCUCUGUACCACUCUGCCGUCCCCCGCUGCUCUUCUGAAGCCUCAAGUCCCUCCCAAGCCCAGAGAGCUCCAAGAGGAGGAGGCCGAUUAUGUCGUCCCUGUCGAAGAUGAAGAUGAAAACUAUAUUCAUCCCACAGAAAGCAGUUCACCUCCAUUUGAAAAAGCUCCCAUGGUGAACAGAUCAACCAAGCCAAGUAACUCUGCAAAGCCAGCCUCUCCUCCAGGCUCAGCUUCAGGUCGGCACAGCGGGACCUGGGAGUCGAAGCUACCUUCUUUGCCUGCAGUGCCAUCCCCACUGCCGAGAGUCGGGAAGAAGCCAGCCACGCCACUGAAGACAACUCCAAUCACCUCUCAGCAGAAUGCAUCAGGUGUUUGUGAAGACAAACCUAUACCAGCCGAACGUCACCGAGGAUCUAGUCACAGACAAGAGGGUCUGCCCUUACCGGUGUUGCCGCCCACCCAGAAACAAAUUCAUCACAAACCUGUACCUCUGCCAAGAUUUAUGGACGGGGGAAGCCCAACCGUGGAUGCGCCCCUACCAAGCUUUGCAUCGAAUUCCCAUUCGUCAGAACAGGAAGCUGACGUCCACCUUAAGCCAUGGUAUGCGGGUGCCUGUGAUCGAAAGUCUGCAGAGGAAGCAUUAUACAAGUCAAACAAGGAUGGAUCAUUUCUUAUUCGGAAAAGCUCUGGCCACGACUGCAAACAACCAUACACAUUAGUUGUAUUCUUUAAUAAGCGUGUAUAUAACAUUCCCGUGCGGUUUAUUGAAGCAACAAAACAGUAUGCUUUGGGCAGGAAGAAAACGGGAGAAGAGUACUUUGGAAGUGUUGCCGAAAUAAUCAAGAAUCACCAACACAGUCCCCUGGUUCUGAUCGACAAUCAGACUAACACAAAAGAUUCCACAAGACUGAAAUAUGCAGUGAAAGUUUCAUAAAGGAAAAAAAGACAGAGAUCAGCAUCAUUGCUACAGACAUUUCCCCCAGACUUUGUACUAUGGAUGAAAAGUAUCAAAACUUCAUUUUGAGGAUUGCAAAUAAACCAGUAGAAAAAGAGAAGACGGAAGCAGCGAUUAAGGAGAUCAUCCAUUUCUUUAUAAGAAGCUCAAUUCGAUUGCCUGACAUGAUGAACUGAAUGUUUGAUGAGGUUGAGUUCUUAUGCUACAAUUAGUCUCCAAAUAAAUCUUUAUUUAAAAGAAA